AUGACCCAUGAAAGCAUAGUGUUGUCCCAGGAACAGCUAGACCACAUAAACAAGCACCUUGUGCUCCUAAGUCCUCAGGAGAUAUUAAGAUGGGCUUAUGUGACGUUCCCUCGACUUUUUCAAACUACUGCUUUCGGACUUACUGGUUUGGUAACCGUCGAUAUGAUUCUGAAACUUUACGGAGAGUCGGAUAUGAAGCACCCGAUCGACCUUAUAUUCAUAGAUACUUUGCACCAUUUUCCUCAGACAUAUGAUUUGGUGAAAAAAGUGAAAGAAAAGUACAAUCCAACUAUUCAUGAAUUCACGCCCAUGAACGUUUCUACUGAGCAGGAAUUCACAAAACGAUACGGUGAUCAAUUGUGGGAAUCCAAUGAUCUGUAUUAUGAUUUUUUGGUCAAAGUAGAGCCUUCGCAGAGAGCAUACAAACAACUUAAUGUUGCUGCGGUGCUCACAGGAAGAAGAAGACUGCAAGGUGGUGCUAGGGGAGACCUUCCCGUGGUGGAAAUUGAAGAAACCAGCGGAAUCAUCAAGAUCAAUCCACUUUGCAACUGGGAUUUUGCCCAGGUAAAACUGUAUGUAGACAAACACCAGGUUCCUUAUAAUGAGCUUUUAGACUUGGGUUACAAGUCGAUUGGCGACUGGCACUCUACGACUCCGGUUGCUGAAGGCGAAGACGAGCGCAGUGGUCGGUGGAAAGAUAAGGCAAAAACGGAAUGUGGAAUUCACGAGACCAGCAAGUACGCGGAGUACUUGAAGAAGCAGGCUGAUGCUAUAUAG